AUGGGUGUCUUCGAUAUGUUCCAUGGCCGCAAUGACAAUGCGCGCCUUAGUCGCUCUAUUGCUGAUACCGACAACAUCAACGAGUCUUCCGAAAUCAAGCAUCCUCAGUUCGUUGAAGCAGGCGCUGAAAGAGGUGAAGCUGCUCCUCCAUCUUAUGAGACCGGCUCCGAGUCGUCCUUCGGCGUGAAUGGUGUCCUCGACGACGAGAAGGAGCGAGAGAACAACCCAGACCAUGUCAAUGCGAAGAUUGGCCUCGGUCAACAAAAGGCCGAGGCUGCUGCUCUCGUCUGGAGUCGUCCCGCAGUCAUUGGUAUCUACGCUUGGAUUUGGCUUUGCUUCUUCAUGCUGGCCUUCCACUCGAGCAUCAGCGGUAACUUGAUCAACUUCGUCUACGCCGAUUUUGCCCUCGCCCCGCAGGUCUCCACUUCAUACAUUCUCUCCACCAUCAUCGGCGGUGUCCUCAAGCUUCCUCUGGCCAAGACCCUCCAGCUUUGGGGUCGCGCAGAAGCUCUGAUCUUCUCUACAGUUGUCUAUACCCUUGGCAUGAUUAUCCUGUCCGCCUGCAACAACGCCAACGCCUUUGCUGCCGGAUACGUCAUCUAUUGGAUCGGUUACUACUGCCUCUAUCUGAUCCUGGAUAUCUUCGUCGCCGAUACCUCUGGCCUGCGUUCGCGAGCUUUUGCCUUUGCUUUUGUGUCCACCCCCUUCAUCUGCACCGCCUUCACUGGACCUCUGGCCGCCACCGCGAUCCGCGAAAAUUCUGGUUGGCGCUGGGGUUAUGGCAUCUUUUGCAUUGUCCAGCCCGUUGUCUUCCUACCACUGGCCCUGGUAUUCAAAUUCUACGAGCGCAAGGCGAUCAAAGUGGGUGUCUGGGAGCGCCGCAAUACUGGUCGUACCAAGAUACAGGCCAUCGUCCACUACAUCCACGAGUUUGAUGUCAUUGGUGCUUUCCUGCUGAUGGCCGCCUUCGUCAUCUUCCUCCUACCCUUCAGUUUGGCCCAGUAUGGCCGCUCGGAGUAUAAGUCAGCCAAAUUCAUUGCGAUGGUCAUUGUCGGUUUCCUGACCCUUUUCAUCUUUGCGGCCUGGGAGAAAUGGGUCGCUCGCACCCAUUUCAUCCGAUACGAGCUCCUCAAGCGCCCAAGCAUUCUCGGUGCUUGCAUUUGCUCCGCCGUCUCCUUCUUCAGCUUCUACCUCUGGGACCAGUAUUUCUACAACUUCAUCCUUCUCACUUACAAUCUGGACUCCACCAUGGCUGGGUAUAUGCUCCAAAUUUAUAAUGUUGGAUCGACCUUCUGGGCUCCCUUGCUAGGUAUUAUCAUCUGGUAUACCAGACGCUUCAAGUACAUCACUCUCUUUUUCGGCGUGCCUCUGAUGAUUCUGGGCUCGGGCCUGAUGAUCUAUUUCCGUGGAUCGGAGCAUGGUAUCGGUUACAUCGUGAUGUGUCAGAUCUUUAUUGCGUUCGGCGGUGGUACUCUCGUGAUUGGCAAUGACAUGGCCGUGAUGGCUGGCGGUGGUCGCGAGGGCACACCGAUGAUGCUUGCGCUGAUCGGUCUGUUCUCAAGCAUCGGUGGAGCCAUUGGCUAUGCUGUCUCGGCUGCGAUCUACAACAAUGUUUUCGUUGAAGCUCUCGCUAGCAAGCUGCCUGAGAAUCUCAAGGCCAAUGCCACGGAGAUCUACACUCUGGGUAUUACCACUCAAAUGGCAUACCCCGUGGGCUCUGAUUUGCGCAAUGCCACCGUUUAUGCUUGGAGUUACGCCCAGAGAAUGAACUGCAUUGCCUCGACCUGUGUUCUGGUCCUGCUCAUUCCCGGUGUCGCCAUCUGGAAGAACUACGAUGUUGGCAAGAAGCAGAACAAGGGUGUCAUGGCCUUUAAUUAA